AUGGGGCUCCUACGACUCCAACCAGCCCUCAAGCGGCUUAUACAGGACGCGCGGGGCGCACGGGUAAUCCGUCAAUACCAUGUCUCGCGACCGCGCUAUGCCCCAGUCCCAACGAAGCCAGUUCACGCCGUCGCGAGUGCUGCUGUCGGUUCAUACAGCCAGCAAGACGGCGAGCAUGUCUUGAACUCUCCUUCCGAGUUGGCCCGCAAAAUUUCGGCGAAGGUUCUCCCUAAAAUACCGCGCCCGGACGUGCGCAAGGUCCUCAUCGUCGGCAGUGGAGGUCUUAGCAUUGGCCAGGCCGGCGAGUUCGACUACUCCGGUAGUCAGGCGCUGAAGGCCCUUCGCGAGGAGGGUGUCGAAGCCGUGCUCAUCAACCCAAACAUCGCUACAUGGCAAACGUCUCACCAGCUCGCGUCGGAGGUCUACUUCUUGCCUAUCACCCCGGACUAUGUGGCAUACGUUUUGGAGAAGGAGCGCCCGGACGGUAUACUCCUGACCUUCGGUGGUCAGAGUGCUCUCAACGUUGGUAUUGAGCUCGACCGGAUGGGUGUACUCGAACGGCUCGGUGUGCAAGUACUUGGUACUCCCAUCCGGACAUUGGAAGUCUCGGAGGAUCGUGAUCUAUUCGUCCAGGCUCUUAAGGAAAUUGACAUCCCGGCUGCACAGUCUACUGCUGUCUCUUCGGUGAACGAUGCGCUCGCUGCCGCCGACAAGAUUGGUUACCCGGUCAUCCUGCGGUCCGCAUUCACGCUCGGUGGGCUUGGUUCAGGUUUCGCGAACAACAGGGACGAGCUACGCGAUCUCUCGGCGAAGAGUCUCAGUUUGAGUCCCCAAGUGCUCAUUGAACGGAGCAUGAAGGGUUGGAAGGAACUCGAGUACGAGGUCGUUCGUGACGCCGCGGAUAACACCAUCAUCUGCUGCAACAUGGAGAACUUCGAUCCGCUCGGCACGCACACGGGAGACUCGAUUGUUGUCGCACCCUCGCAGACGCUUCCAGACGAUGAGUACCACAUGCUGCGGACAGCUGCGCUCAAGGUUAUUCGGCAUCUCGGUGUCAUCGGCGAGUGUAACAUCCAGUAUGCGCUCAACCCGACUUCGAGGGAGUACUGCGUCAUCGAGGUCAACGCACGGUUGAGUCGGUCUAGUGCCCUCGCGUCGAAGGCAACUGGCUACCCGCUCGCAUAUACGGCUGCCAAGAUUGCACUCGGACAUACCCUCCCCGAACUCCCCAACGCAGUCACGAAAACCACCACGGCAUGUUUCGAACCCUCGCUGGAUUACAUCGUCACGAAGAUCCCGAAAUGGGACUUGGCGAAGUUCUCGUCGCAGGUCAACCGCGAGGUGGGUUCGGCGAUGAAGUCCGUCGGUGAGGUUAUGGCAAUCGGGCGCACGUUCGAGGAGAGUCUGCAGAAGGCCAUUCGGCAGGUGGACCCCCGCUGGAAGGGCUUCGAGGCGUACAUUGAACCGGAGGAUCUGGACCGUGCACUGUCGAAGCCGACGGACAUGCGUCUGUUCGCCAUUGCGUACGCGAUGUUCAACAAGCACUACGACGUCGACAAGAUCCAUGAGCUGACGAAGAUUGACAAGGCGAGUACUUGGUUCCUGUACAAGAUCGACAACAUUGUGCAGACAGUCUACGCGCUCAAGGAAGCCGGUUCGCUCGAGAACGUUGAUACAGAGCUCAUGCAGCGCGCCAAGCGCCAGGGCUUUUCCGACGCGCACAUCGCCGACCUCGUCUCGUCCAAGGAAGACUCUGUCCGUACUCAGCGCAAGUCCUUCGGCAUCACGCCCUUCGUGAAGCGCAUCGACACCUUGGCCGCCGAGUACCCCGCACACACUAACUACCUCUACACCACGUACAACGCGUCUGAACACGACGUCGAAUUCAACGAACACGGCACCAUGGUUCUCGGCUCGGGUGUGUACCGUAUUGGCAGCAGUGUCGAGUUCGACUGGUGUGCGGUGACCUGCGCCCGCAAGCUCCGCGAGAUGGGCAACAGGACGAUCAUGGUCAACUACAACCCGGAGACCGUGUCCACCGAUUUCGACGAAGCCGACCGUCUCUACUUCGAAGAGCUCGGCUACGAGCGGGUGAUGGAUAUCUACGAGUUGGAGCAGGCUCAUGGUGUGAUCGUCAGCGUCGGAGGCCAGCUUCCUCAGAACAUCGCUCUUCGCCUCAAGCAGAAUCAGGUGAAUGUGCUCGGUACCGACCCUGAGAAGAUCGACAGUGCGGAGGAUCGUCACAAGUUCUCGUCGAUCCUUGACAGCAUUGGCGUUGAUCAGCCAGAAUGGAUCGAGGUCUCCUCUGUCGACGCUGCUAAGGCGUUUGCGCAGAAGGUUGGCUACCCUGUUCUCAUCCGGCCUUCGUACGUCUUGUCCGGUGCUGCGAUGAACGUGGUCUACGAGGAGUCCACUCUGGAGUACAACCUCUCAGCUGCUGCUUCCGUCUCACCCCUUCACCCCGUCGUCAUCUCCAAGUUCAUCGACAAUGCGCAGGAAAUUGACGUUGACGCGGUCGCCCACAAGGGCAAGCUUCUCCUGCACGCCAUCUCCGAGCACGUCGAGAACGCUGGUGUUCACUCUGGCGACGCCACCCUCGUCCUCCCGCCCUUCUCCCUCACCGAGCUGGACAUGGCCCGCCUGAAGCAGAUCGCCGAGAAGGUCGCAGCCGCAUUCGAGAUCAGUGGCCCGUUCAACAUGCAAGUUAUUCGCAAGCCCACAGACGCACCUGGCGAGGAGCCCCAGCUGAAGGUCAUUGAGUGCAAUCUUCGUGCUUCCCGGUCGUUCCCCUUCGUGUCGAAGGUGCUUGGUCACAACUUCAUCGACUUCGCGACCGCGGCUAUCGUUGGCCAGGACGUGCCCGAGCCCGUUGAUGCGAUGGCGGAGAAGCGUGACUAUACUGCUGUGAAGGUCUCUCUGUUCUCGUGGACUCGGUUGGCCGGUGCAGAUCCCUUCCUCGGAGUUGAGAUGGCCAGUACCGGUGAGGUUGCUGCCUUCGGCAAGGACAUCCAAGAAGCAUACUGGGCCUCGCUCCUCAGCACGACUGGCUUCAAGGUCCCGCGCCCGAGCACGGGUGUGCUCAUCGGCGGUGACAUCAAGACACCCGAGAUGGCUACCAUUGCAAAGACUCUCGUCAACCUUGGCUUCAAGCUCUACUGCUCGUCCCCGGUCGUCGAGGAGUUCCUCAACUCGCUUCCGUACGUGAAGGCACAGCGGAUAUUCUUCCCGACGAAGGAUAAGCGGAAGCUUCGGGAGGUGUUUGACGAGUACGACAUCGAGUGUGUCAUCAACCUCGCGAAGUCCCGAGCAACGGAUGCAACGGAUGAGGAUUACGUCGCUAGGCGGAAUGCUGUCGACUUCGGCCUGCCACUGCUCAACAACGCGCGGUGCGCGCAACUGUUCGUCGAGGCGCUCGAAAAGAAGAUCCCCCAGGGUGGUCUGAAGAAAUACACCGAAGGGCGGAUACCGUCCGAGGUCCGGAGCUGGCGCGAGUUCGUCGGGAAGCGCGCAUGA